AUGAUCCGCAGUAUUUGUGAGCUUGUAUCCCCUGAAGACGUGGGAAUAAGCCUCCCCCACGAACAGAUACUACAUAAUAUCGGAUCAAUUGUGUCAUCGAGUAAAACUAAUAGAGACCUGAAGAUUCGGUUCGAAGACCUGAUUGACUAUCGUCGAGCUCCUUUUGCUCAUGGAGGUCGUAACCUGCUGCUUCAGAAUGAGGACGAAGCUUUUCGAGAACUUGAAAAGUUACAGCAAUUGAAAGACAAUAAACGAAAGUCUUUGAUUGUAGAUGUGACGUUGCCUAUCGAUGGGCGUGAUGUAUUGGUUAAAGAACGACUGCAUCUGGCUGAGAGACUGAAAGGUCUGAAUUUAGUGACUGUUACAACAUUCGAGUUGGAAAAGAUCGACGACGAUUUUUGUAUUGGAUUGUCGCCAACAGAGACAAGUGACCGCAUUCAUAAGAUAUUGGAGACAGAGCUGAUGUUUGGCAUGGAUAGAGGGGGAGUCGUAGCGUUUCCUGGGGCGAUGUACCAGCAGGUUCAUGCAAAUAGUAAAGCACUUAGUCCUAAAGAGCUGAUUCUUGUGCAGGGUCUAGCAUUGACUCAAGCGAGAACGCAUUGUCCUCUGUAUCUGUCGAUUACUUUCGACGAAUCCUGUAGAAAGCUACACGAAGAGAUAUCUGGACUGGAUCACGUGGUACGAGCUUGGAUUCGUGCACUGUUGGAUGCUGGAGCAGAGAGGAAGAAGCUUGUGGUAUGUCACGCGGACCGCUGGUGUCAUGGACGUUUUGAAGAGACUGGCUAUGCGUUUCUGUUGGAGCUAUUCGAUUUGGGCGUUUCAGUGCUAUUCGACAUGGUUGGUCUGUUGGCUGUCAGCGAGAUAAUGGUGAUCAACCCGAACUUUACACGAACAAUGCUGAGUUCUGGUAAGCUUUUAGAGAGCGAAACUGAAGAGCCGGCUUCCGAGAGUCGCCUGGUGGAGCGGAUUGUAAAGCUGUUAAGGCACAAACCGCAGUACCUUUUUCAAAUGCUUUUGUCGACCAAUGUGUACCAACGAACGCAGUAUCGUUGCUAUGGAGGUGGAGGGUACGCGUAUUUAUUUGAGCAUUUUAAACAUCGUAUUCUGCGUGAAGGAGUUACUGCAACUCAAUGGAACCAGAUCGUGCGCACUAACGUCGUGGACCUGUUGGCUUGGUAUGUUUCUCCGGAAGAACCGCCAAUUCCGAAGAAUUAUCAGAAGUGCUCGAUCUGCAGCAACUUCUUUGAGCCUAUUGAGGGCGAAUAUUUUACCAAGUUUGCGUUCAUAUACUGCGGUACGAAGUGCUUGCGUCGUCACAGCCGGCAAAAAUUUGCCUCGCUUCCGACCAAGACGUAA